GCGGUUGAUGAAAGGGGCCGGAGCACAAUGGCAGCCCGGCAGCCAGAGCCACCCCAGAGGAGAGGGGGCGGGGGAAGAGAGCGAAAGCAGGGACAGGGGCGGGGGGAGAGGGAGAGCAGAUCAAACAGGGAGCGAGCGGGAGGGGAGCGGAGGGGGAGCAGGAGCAGCCAGGGGCACAGCGCGAGACAGAGGGAGUGAAGGGGAGAAGCCGCCAGCCCCUCGGAGCCCGGCGGGUUCCUGCGGGGAGAGGAGGGCCGGGGCCGCCGGGCGCUCAGCCGCACUUCGCCCCGGAGAUCGGCCCGGACAGGCACCGCCACUCUGCGCCGCCUGACGUCGUGUGAACCGCGCGCUCCUGGAUGCCGGCAGCCGCUCCCGCCCAUGGCUCUCCGGCGUGGCCAGGCGCACUGGCGGCGCGGCGCGCCCGGGGGCCCGAGGCGAUGACUCGCGGCAGGAGAGCGGAGCACUCGCCACCUGCCCGCCGGAGCGCGGAGGAGUGACCGCGCCGCGCUCUGCCCAUGAGCUCCUAGCUGCCCCGGCAUGGAUGUGGCCAACAACACUACCUCCCCCACCGACCCGUCCUCCGCGAGGGGCCCGGGCGCCGCGGUGACCCUCAGCUACCAGCUCCUCACCUCCCUCUUCCUGGGCGCCCUCAUCCUCUGCGCCCUGCUGGGCAACGCCUGUGUGAUCGCGGCCAUAGCCCUGGAGCGCUCCCUGCAGAACGUGGCCAACUAUCUCAUCGGCUCCCUGGCCGUCACCGACCUGAUGGUCUCGGUGCUGGUGCUCCCCAUGGCCGCCCUCUACCAGGUGCUGAACAAGUGGACGCUGGGGCAGGUCACCUGCGAUAUCUUCAUCUCCCUGGACGUGCUGUGCUGCACCUCCUCCAUCCUCCACCUGUGCGCCAUCGCCCUGGACAGGUACUGGGCCAUCACCGACCCCAUCGACUAUGUCAACAAGCGGACUCCCAGGCGAGCGGCUGUGCUCAUCAGCCUGACCUGGCUCAUCGGCUUCUUGAUAUCCAUCCCGCCCAUGCUGGGCUGGCGGACGCCCGAGGACAGGUCGGACCCCGACGCCUGCACCAUCAGCAAGGAUCACGGCUACACCAUCUACUCCACCUUCGGCGCCUUCUACAUCCCCCUGCUGCUGAUGCUGGUGCUCUACGGGCGGAUCUUCAGGGCGGCCCGGUUCCGGAUCCGCAAGACCGUCAAGAAAGCGGAGAAGAAGAAGAUCGCGGACACCUGCCUGACGGUCUCCCCGGCCACCCUGCAGAAGAAAAGCAACGGGGAGCCCAGCAAGAGCUGGAAGCGGACGGUGGAGCCCAAGCCCAGCGCGUGUGUCAACGGGGCCGUGAGACACGGGGAGGAGGGAGCCGCUCUGGAGGUCAUCGAGGUCCAGCACUAUCACAACUCCUCCAAAACUCACCUGCCCCUGCCCAGCGAGCCCUGCAGCACCCCGCUGGCCCCAUCCUUCGAGAAGAAGAACGAGAGGAGCACCGAGGCCAAGAGGAAGAUGGCUCUGGCCAGGGAAAGGAAAACGGUCAAAACCCUGGGCAUCAUCAUGGGCACGUUCAUCCUCUGCUGGCUGCCCUUCUUCAUCGUGGCCCUGGUCUUGCCCUUUUGUGACAGUGAGUGCUACAUGCCGGACUGGCUGGGGGCAGUCAUCAACUGGCUGGGCUAUUCCAACUCCCUCCUCAACCCCGUCAUCUACGCCUAUUUCAACAAAGAUUUCCAAAGUGCUUUUAAGAAAAUUAUCAAGUGCAAGUUUUGCAGGCAGUGAAGGACACUCCCUUCUCGGGGGCUCCCUGCGGUUGCUUCAUCAAACUCCACAUCUCUUCUGCUACUACACUGUCUGUUUGUUGCCCUCCACCCCCACCGGUGACCACUCUCCCCAGGACUGCGGCAGGGGCAGCUCCACUUUACCGCGCAGCACCGGAGUGUCUCCUCCUCGUUACAGCGCUCAGCGUGCUGCAAAUCCAAGUAGUUCAGACUCCGGUGCAGCGUCUGCCAUUGUUCCACGGGGAGACAAUGCCGCUCCGGAUUCCAAUCCCUCGCCUCCCAAAGCGUCACAAACUGAGUCAGCCCCUUUCUGAACUACUGCAAAUUUACCACUUGCAAUUCAGCGCUUUGGAAAACGGACUGGCACGUGUUCCCCAGCUAACCUGAGCGCCGUCUGCUCCUCUGAGUUUACACAGUACUCAGACCGUUUAAUAAAAAGAAAAGGAGUACUUGUGGCACCUCAGAGACUAACCAAUUUAAUGACCGUUUAAUGACACCCUAUUUCGCCACUUGUAUUUAUUUUGGGUAGACCUUGGGUUUGCAGAUCGUUGCUUGUGGUCCCUGUUAACCACCUUGUCUGCUCGAGUAGCAUCGGUUAAAUAAACCAUCCUAUGCAUAAAACCUUCUUGUCUUUUUUUCUUGGAUUAAAAGAAGAUUGCAGAGCGCUCUGAGUCUAACCUAGAUCUGGUCGAGUAAGUACGAGUUUGAAGCAGUUCUUUCCACAGUGGAGGAAGGGGCUUAAAAAGUUACGUCGCUGGCAGCGAGAUGGAAAAGUGAAUUUCGUUUUGGGGGGAAAACAUAAUUUUAUAACCUUUCAAGGUACUUCCUAUCUCAUUACUAACUGAUAUGUCUGUAUCAUGUAUUUAUAAUAGCCCGCUACCUUUCAGUGCAUGGGAGUUACGUUGUUUACAUGAGAGAGAUUUUGCUAAACAUGAAGUCAUUACAAUUCACCUAAUUAUAAACAGAUUUUUAAAAAACAGCCUAAUCGAACGAGGAUUUCUCAUUAAGAAAGCACACGGAACCCAUCUGCGUGACUAUCAAGCGCAAAUACAUAUAUUGUUUAAAAAUUCUUGAAAAUAAGACGCAAGUUUUCAUUUUGAAAAGCACCUUAAAAGUAUGACUAGGAAUCACACUGCUCGUUUGGGAAACAAGUAGCCUUUUACUGAAGUUUGAAACGAUUUGCUAGGUGCUGCUUUCUCUCUCUUGCCCUCUCUCCCCUCCUCCCCAGCUAAACCAGGGUAAUCACAUUUUGAUGCUGUGCGGUGAAAAGGGCAAUAAAUCAAUGAGUCUCUCUCCCGGCACAGGUGAUUAGCUACGGCAUUGUUGCUGAACAAACACUCACACUAUAGCAGGGAAUACAGAGAGUGUAGUACUAGUCACACUUCACUUGCAAAGUGUGGAAAAGUAAACAAAUACUGUCAGCUCUGACUUCUUGGCAGUUCAACAAAACUUUCCUGAAUACUUGGCCCAAUGCCAAUUUCCUCCUUUUAAACAAAACCCCCCACCUCUGACUCAAGAAAGUUGCAGAGGAGGGUUUUUUUAACAAUACUUUGCUUUUGAUGAGAGUGAAGAAAUAAGCUGAUUUGUACUGAAAGGUAUCACUAACAGCUCUUUCUAAAGUCAGAAAUUGGGGUAGCUAAAACUGUGAUUUCAACUGAAUUGCCAGAAUGUCUAUUUUGUAUAGUGCCUCUUAGUUUCACACAGGGUAUGCAUCGUGAUCUGUUAUUCUGUUCAGAUCUGACAGGGUUGCAUAUUAUUUUGCACUAUUAAACGGAUUGAAUUCUUUGUAUUUGGGAAGGUAGUUUGAGAUCGAAUGCUUGAGCCAAAAAUACAUAUUUUUCUUCUUUAGUUUGUCAUAAUCUGUACUACCUAUAGGUAAAUGGGAAUGUUAAUUCUGUGCUUCACGUGAAUGUAAAUGUCAAGUCGUUUAUGAAUUUAAACAGCUUCCAAAGUUAAAUGAUAGCAAUGCUUUGAAUAUGUUCAGAUAGUCUAAUUUCUGAUAAGAAAAUUUAUUUGACCGCAUUUUCUCAAUUAAAGUGAACUUU